AUGGUUCGAAUGGUGUACUUCAAAAAGAGAUGGAUCGGAGGAGACGCACGCAGUGUCGCAGUAACAGACAGCAGGAGCAUCCAUGAAGGCGGCCAUCAGGCGAAGUGCAAGGGGCCAAUCUCGCCGGUCCGGGCGGCGCGGGCGACGGCGGCGGCGGCGGAGAUGCACGCCGACACCCAGGCCUCGAGCACCGAGAACACCAUGUCGACGACAGACACGGUUAGCGCCAAUGGCAUUGACAUCCUGCCCGCCCUGCCGGUGCUGGACCCUGGCAGCUAG